UGUCAACAAAACGAAAAUGUCACUAUAAAAUUCACACUGAUUUUCUCAAUUCUCAAUCACAAAACAAAAUUCAAUAGCAGUGCACAUCUAUUUGGUUAUGGCGUAAAUUAAAAGUGUAAAAAUAAAAAAUGAGCGAAAAAUCCUCCAAAGCAUCUGCUACAAGCUUGAAGUCCGCAGAUAAAACCUCAAAAUCAUCGAAGCAAAGUGUGAAAUCAGCUGGAAGUAACGUCGCCGAACCCUAUGUUGAUAAUUACUAUGAGACCUGCCAAGACCCGGUCUUCAUCUACGGCGGGCCGUUUAUCCAGGUUAAAAGACCGGAGCCAUUUAUCGAUUCUACGACUCCGAUCAACAUAGAGUUACAGGGCACUUUUAAAAAGAGUUUUGCAUAUUAUUCUAUGAAAGAGAGAAUUCCAGUAAUUCUGACCAAAGUUAUAGAUGGUUUAUCAAAAAGGGGUGACCCAGACUCAAGAAAACUGAUAGAAUACGUAGCCAAACUCAAAAAUGAAAUAGUCACCAACAAGAAAUAUUCCAAAUUCGAGGUGGACUCAGAGGAGGCCAAGCGAUGGAACGAGUGGCUUGACUCGCGGCAAGCGAACACAUACUUCACUGACGUAUGGGUUUUCGCAGAAUGCUACGUGUAUAGGAGACUCAGAGAGGGCUGCGAGCUGAUUCCAAAUCUAAAAGACUUCGAUCCCUUCGCCGACCAGAAGAGACAAGCCUUCCAUGACGGGAAGGAGGCUAUGUGCAUGGUCGCGACGCAGUUGAUGCCCCGGUUGUCUCCCAGUGACAAGGACAAACGGAAACAGGACUUCAUGAAUUUACUGAAGAUCUGCCUGUGGUCCAAUAAAUGCGACCUUUCACUAUCCGUUGGCGAGCCUGUGUCCUUAGGGUCUGGCGAAAAGGGAACAGACCCCUCUCAAAUGCCCGCUGUCGACCCUUUCCAAAUGGUCAUCGAUUUUAAAGAUAAGUUGCUGGCAGAUGACACGGGGAAAAUAGCUGACCAGGUGGUGAAUAAAGCAGAGGCCAUCAGGACCAAGAUAGCCAACGCACAAAAAGAGGCUCUAGCCAAAGCGGCGGCGGAGAAGGCCAACAAGAAGGGCAAGGGGAAGGGCAAGCAGCCCCCCCCUCCCCCGCCGCCGCCCGCGCCCGGCGCCGCGCCGCCGCCGCCCCCCGUGCCGUGCCCCGCCAAGGUGCUGGUGCCCAGCGCCGUGCAGUUUGAUAUUGUGUGUGACAAUGCUGGUUUCGAGUUGUUCGCUGACUUGUGUCUAGCGACCUGGUUGAUUGAACAGAAUAUUGUAGAUAAGAUACGGUUCUACGUGAAGAAAAUACCGUGGUUCGUCUCAGAUGUUACACCGAAAGACUUUACAGAGCUGAUCCAGAUGUGUUGCAACGCGCAGUACAGCAGGACGGCGCCUCCGCCUCCGCCUAAGAAGCCGCUGGCGGAGGGCGAAGCACCCCCACCGGACACUAACGUGUCCUCAGCGGAGCUCCAGCAGCUCGGCAACAAGUUCCAGCAGUACUACAACGAUGGAGUGUUCGUUGUGUCGUGUGAAGACUUCUGGACAUCCCCCCACGUAUUCAAAGACAUGAAGAAAUACGACUACUGGCUGUACCGCAAACUGCAAUACGCUGUGGCUGUUCUAUUCAAAGGCGACCUGAACUAUAGGAAGCUGCUUGGAGAGAAGAAUGUUCCGCCUACUACACCGCUGCUUCAAGCCCUACAAGGCUUCCAACCGGCACCGUUGAUCGCGUGCCGCACGGUCAAGUGCGAUCUGAUCUGCGGCUUGAAGAAAGGCAAGGCGGAGCAAAUCUUCAAGAUCGACCCUAAGUGGAUGCAGACUGGCGACUAUGGGGUGAUCCAGUACUGCCAGAAGGCAGAGCCCCUCAAGGUGGCCGACCGGCCGUGCAAGUUCUACUGCGCCCAGUGUCUCGGCCUCACCUGUCCCGAUCAAGACCGCUUCUGGUGAUCUCGGAUAUUGCUUCAUACUAGUCAGUUUUUUUAUAUACAAAUCAGUGCAAUAUAUAGAAGUUUUAUUCACAUCAAUCAAGUUCAUCUCUAUUUGGCUCUUCUAAUUCUAUUCCAUGUUGUAAAUAA